AUGGUAUUCUCCCUUUGUGUGAGGAAUCAGUUGCCACUGGGACUCUCCAGGGUUGUUCCUGGCUUCAGGACGCUAGCGUCAGUGGCUCAGGAUGCACCAAAGGCCAGUGAAUCCGAAAAGAAGCAAACCACCGCUAAAUUUGACCAUGGUGCUAGAGUAAGUGAUAGAAUUAUGGAGUUAUCUCGUGAAUCUGUUGCUAAGGGAGAACCUCAUUUCAGAGUCGGUAAUAAACAGUUAUUUUUCCCCAAGGCACGUAUUAUACUUUUAAGACCCAAUGCAAAGCAUACACCAUAUCAAGCCAAAUUUAUUGUCCCCAAAUCAUUUAACAAACUGGAUUUAAGAGAUUACCUCUUCCACCUCUAUGGAUUAAGAGCAAUGAAUGUUACUACACAACUAUUACACGGUAAAUACACAAGGGUUAAUCUUGCAUCAUCCAGGUUUAGAGGCCCACAGAUCAAGAAAAUGACAAUUGACAUGGCAGAACCAUUUAUUUGGCCAGAAGAACCAAGUAAGGAAGAGAACAGUGCUUGGAAUGAUGAUUUGAUCAGGAAUUUGGAGCUGUACAAAGACGAACAACAACGUCUUGCAUCCGAUUCGUUCAAGCCUGGUAAGGCCUUUGAUGGUGCCGUCGGACCAUUUAGGCCUGUAGCGCAGCCUUUCAUACCCAAACAAUUGGGCAGACAGAUCAAGAACAAGAGAAGAAAAUAUCAAUCUCAAUUGACUCGUAGUAAUGAGUUAUUGAAAGUGGGAAAAUAUGUCGACUUGUAA